GUGAAUGUGUGUUCGUUACGAUCCAACCAAUACCACUCUCAGUUGCAUUGCCGCCGUCUACAUUUGCAGCGGUGCAUGACGUGCACCUUUCGUAUCAGAUUAGGAUAUAACUCUUUAGAGUUUCCGUCACAGCGAUCGCUAAAUUUUGUAAUUUACUGUAUUAAUGUGACAGGACAAGGAAAUCGGCUACCAACGGCGGAGAAACAAAAGAUGGUACUUCCUUGCCCCCCAUAGCCGUGCCGUUAAUUGGAGCCUCGGGUCACAUAUACUCCCCAGGAGUGAC